UUCUAAAUUUAAAUAUUACAUUAAUUGUAGUCCCUUUAAAGAUGGCUGACUGCGGCGACACGAUACACGCGAUUGCAACAUAUUUAGGUGUAAAAUGUAGUAAAAUAACGUACGACGGACCAGAAAGGAUUCCUGUAAUGAAAGGUAAAACUGGCACCAGGAAAGGGUUUUUGACAAUUGUAAAACAUCUUGUGAGAGCUGCUGAGAAACAAAGGCUUAUUGGAGAAAUACCUGAAGAGAAAGCUGUAGUUGACCAAUGGCUGGAAUACAAAGUUUGUCACAUAGACAGAUGUCCAUCUGAUAAAGACAAGUUAACAAUAUUGAAGGACUUGGACAAUUAUUUGAAAGACAAAGUAUAUUUCCUGCACCACCGAUUAUGCCUCAUAGAUAUAGUUCUAUAUUAUACUUUCCAACCAACAUUCGCUGAACUAACUUUUUAUGAUAAACAGAAGUAUAUGCAUCUAUCAAGAUGGUUUGAUAAUGUACAACAGACAGCUACCAUACGACAGUCAAUACCACUAGUUACCUUCUCCAAAACACAGCUAUACACUGCCUCAGCUCAUUGACAAAAACCCUUGUAAUAGAAAUAUUAUGUUCAAUAAACUAACUGCCUAUUUUAACACCUGAUUUUUUUUAUAUAAAACUAGCAGAAUCUCCAAGCCCAGGUUAUACGCUUAAUAUAAAGAGGCAGCCAAAAGAAGCAUAGUGAAAAAUUAUUUAUCAGGUAAUAAAUGAAUGGUGUAAGAUACAUAGUGGUACAUGUAUUUAUUACAUAUAAAUAAUGUGCAUUACCUCAAAAGUAGAUAGUGAAGUACUGAAAUUUGUUAUGGUAAUUCUAGAUUUGUCAAAAAGUAUUGACAGGGUUGUCCAUGAAGUAAAAACAAUGUGAAAUUUCAAAGUAAAAUAGUCUUUGAAACUUUUUAGCUAACCUGUCACAAAGUGACAAGGUGAGCUUUUGUGAUCGCGUGGCGUCCAUCGUCCGUCCGUGCGUUCGUGCAUGCGUAAGCUUUUGCUUGUGACCACUCUAGAGGUCACAUUUUUCAUGGGAUCUUUAUGAAAGUUGGUCAGAAUGUUCAUCUUGAUGAUAUCUAGGUCAAGUUUGAAACUGGGUCACGUGCGGUCAAAAACUAGGUCAGUAGGUCUAAAAAUAGAAAAACCUUGUGACCUCUCUAGAGGCCAUAUUUUUCAUGAGAUCUUCAUGAAAAUUGGUCAGAAUGUUCACCUUGAUGAUAUCUAGGUCAAGUUCGAAACUGGGUCACGUGGGGUUAAAAACUAGGUCAGUAGGUCUAAAAAUAGAAAAACCUUGUGACCUCUCUAGAGGCCAUAUUUCUCAAUGGAUCUUCAUGAAAAUUGGUCAGAAUGUUCACCUUGAUGAUAUCUAGGUCAAGUUCGAAACUGGGUCAUGUGGGGUCAAAAACUAGGUCAGUAGGUCUAAAAAUAGAAAAACCUUGUGAUCUCUUUAGAGGCCAUAUUUCUCAAUGGAUCUUCAUGAAAAUUGGUCAGAAUGUUCACCUGGAUGAUAUCUAGGUCAAGUUCGAAACUGGGUCACGUGCGGUCAAAAACUAGGUCAGUAGGUCUAAAAAUAAAAAAACCUUGUGACCUCUCUAGAGGCCAUAUUUCUCAAUGGAUCUUCAUGAAAAAUGGUGAGAAUGUUCACCUAGAUGAUAUCUAGGUCAGGUUUGAAACUGGGUUACGUGCGGUCAAAAACUAGGUCAGUAGGUCUAAAAAUAGAAAAACCUUGUGACAUCUCUAGAGGCCAUGUUUCUCAAUGGAUCUUCAUGAAAAUUGAUCAGAAUGUUCCUCUUGAUGAUAUCUAGGUCAAGUUCGAAACUGGGUCACGUGCGGUCAAAAACUAGGUCAGUAGGUCGAAAAAUAGAAAAACCUUGUGACCUCUCUAGAGGCCAUAUUUUUCAUGAGAUCUUCAUGAUAAUUAGUGAGAAUGUUCACCUUGAUGAUAUCUAGGUCAGAUUCAGAAGUGGGUCAUGUGCCUUCAAAAACUAGGUCAUUAGGUCAAAUAAUAGAAAAACCUUGUGACCUCUCUAGAGGUCAUAUUUUUCAAUGGAUCUUCAUGAAAAUUGGUCAGAAUUUUUUAUCUUGAUGAUAUCUAGGUCACAUGUGCUCAAAAACUAGGUCACUAUGUCAAAUAAUAGAAAUAACGACGUCGUACUCAGUUCAACACUAGGUCAUGUGGGGAUAGGUGAGCGAUUCAGGACCAUCAUGGUCCUCUUGUUAAUUUAUACUGUUUGAAAUGAAGUAAAAUAUUCAAGAAGGGCUGAGUUACCAUCUUAUCAGUUCUGUGCUAAUUCCAGUGAAAUAUUCUACAAGGGCGGAGUUACCCUCUAGCCAGGUCCUUCUAGAGAGGCCGAGUUAUCAUCUUGUCAGUUCUUUGCUAAUUUGAGUGAAAUAUUUCAGAAAGGUGAAGUUACCAUCUGUUCUGUGCCAAUUCCAGAGAAAUAUUCCAGAUGGGCAGAGUUAUUCUCUUGCCAGGUCCUUGCUUAUUCCAGUAAUGUAUUUCAGAAGGGUGGAGUUUUCAUCUUGUCAUUUCAUUGCAUAUUUGAGUGAAAUAUUCCAGAAGGAUAGAGUAAUCAUCUGAUCAGUUCUUUAGUUCAGUUAAACUGCUCAUCACAGGUGGAUAGUAUCUCAGGGGAUUUAAAACAGGCUAAUUUUGUAAAUAAGUUGAAUAUUGGUAAUUUAAUUUGUAUGUUGUUAUACAGAAAAACAGUCUUAAUAUGGGUAAGUCUUUCAAAUAGUUUAAAGUGUAGCAGUUUCUUUUCCCUUCCAAUAGGACAGUAGCUUUUAGUAUAUCUUUUUCACUAAGAAACUCGAAGCUUCUGUUUUUUUUUGAGAGAAAAUUAAAAAAAUACAUAAAAGUCCUCUUGAUUUUAUGGGAAAACUGCCUAAUUUGAAAGUGAUUUUUUGAAGGAAAGAAAUCUUUAAAGCAUCCUACCAUCCUCCCCCAUCCUAAAAAAAGAUUCAGUUUUUUCUUGAAAUGUUCUGAGCAGAUUCUUUGAAAUUUUUAGUCAAUAAAAAAGUUUAUUUAUACAUAAUCAUUUCAUUUCGGAAUUUUAUUCUGGUAGUGAUUUCAAAGAAGGGGUUGAUUUCUAGUAUAAAUAUGCAUUAUACAAAUAUUCAAAGGGUAGUUUGCAGAUAAGAUAUAUGUCAAAUUAUUGAAGUUCAGAGUACAUUUUUAUCUCGGGUCAUUGUUAAUAUAAAAAGUGUGAUUCUGGGAAAUGUACAAACAAUUUUAAUCAUGUCAGUCUAAGGGAAAGAUUGAGCUGCAAAAUCAUUUGUAUUUCUUAGCAAAAAUGUUACGUUAGUUGGUAAUAAUGUCAAUGUUUUUAUACUGUACAGAAGCUUAAAGGACAUCCAUUUUUAGGAAUAGAAUGAUACUACUUGAGCCCAUGUAGAAGGGUUGAAAUGCAAAAUUUUACAAUUUUUUUCUUUCAUUUUAAACUUGUACAUAUUUUAACCAUUAAAUUGAAACUCAAUAGAAUCUAAAUAAAGUAUUGGUGAAUAUAAAA